CCGCCCCCAGCGCCCCGCCCCGCGCGGCCGGCCGGGCCGGCGUGUGGCCCCCGCGCCCCUGCUGCUGCCAUGUACCCCGCGGGUCCCGCGGCAGGCUCGACUCCGCACCGCGGCCGGCGUCCCCCGCCCGGGCGCCCUGCACAGCCGCCGCGGCCCCCUGCAUCCGCCCAAGCCCCCGGCGCGCGACCGCCGCCCCCCGCGCCCGGGCCGCGGCCCCGCGUGGCCGUGAAGAUGGCUUUCCGAAAGGCCUACUCCAUCAAGGACAAGUUGCAGGCCAUAGAGCGCGUCAAGGGUGGCGAGCGGCAAGCCAGCGUGUGCCGCGACUUCGGAGUGCCCGGCGGCACGCUGCGCGGCUGGCUCAAAGACGAGCCCAAACUGCGCUGGUUCCUGGAGCAGCUGGGCGGCGAGGUGGGCACACAGCGCAAGAAAAUGCGGCUGGCUAACGAGGAGGAGAUUGACCGCGCCGUCUACUCAUGGUUCCUGGCGCUUCGCCAGCACGGCGUGCCGCUGUCGGGGCCGCUCAUCCAGGCGCAGGCCGAGGCCUUCGCACGCCAGAUCUACGGGCCCGAGUGCACCUUCAAGGCCAGCCACGGCUGGUUCUGGCGCUGGCAGAAGCGCCACGGCAUCUCCAGUCAGCGCAUCUACGGCGAAGCCGAGCCAGCGGCCGCGGGCCCCGCGCCUGGUCCGCCGGUCAAGCAGGAGCCCGCGCUGCCUCCCGGCUCCGGCCUCCUCCCCGACCGGGCCUCGGUUCCCCCGCCGCCCGCUGAGGGCGGCUACGGCGACGAGCAGAUCUACAACGCUAACGUCACCGGCCUCUACUGGAAGCUUCUUCCGGAGCAGGCCGCGCCACCAGGCGCAGGGGACCCCAGCGCUGGGGACUGUGCCCGACGCUGGCGGGGCGACCGGGUGACUGUGCUGCUAGCUGCUAACCUGACCGGCAGCCACAAGCUGAAGCCGCUGGUCAUCGGGCAGCUGCCAGACCCGCCCAGUCUGCGCCACCACAACCAGGACAAGUUUCCAGCCUCAUACCGCUACAGCCCGGACGCCUGGCUCAGCCGCCCGUUGCUGCGGGGCUGGUUCUUCGAGGAAUUCGUCCCCGGUGUCAGACGCUACCUGCGCCGCAGCUGCCUGCAGCAGAAGGCUGUACUGCUGGUGGCCCACCCGCCCUGCCCGAGCCCAGCCACCAGGGUGCCCGCCCUGGAGGAGAGCGAGGAAACCCCCAGGCGGUGCCGGCCUGAGCCCCUCGGCCCUCCGGAGGAACUGCAGACCCCCGACGGGGCCGUGCGGGUGCUGUUCCUGUCCAAGGGCAGCAGCAGGGCGCACAUCCCAGCCCCGUUGGAACAGGGAGUGGUGGCUGCCUUCAAGCAGCUAUACAAGCGGGAGCUGCUGCGGCUUGCUGUGUCCUGCGCUGGAGGUUCCCCGCUGGACUUCAUGCGCAGCUUCAUGCUCAAGGACAUGCUCUACCUGGCUGGCCUUUCCUGGGACCUGGUGCAGGCUGGCAGCAUUGAGCGCUGCUGGCUGCUGGGCUUACGGGCAGCCUUUGAGCCCCGGCCAGCGGAGGAGUGUGCUGGGCAGCCGGCAGGCCAGGCGGAGGAGGCUGCGGAGCACAGCAGGGUGCUUAGCGACCUCACACACCUGGCAGCCCUGGCCUACAAGCGCCUAGCACCCGAGGAGGUGGCCGAGUGGCUGCACCUGGACGAUGAUGGGGGGCUGCCCAUAGGCUUCAGAGAGGAGGCAGGCCUGGGCCGGCCCCCUGCUCUGGCCCCUCCAUCCCCAGCCAGCCUGUCCUCUGUCAUGGGGGGCAGAGAGGAGGAGGCCGCUGUGCCCACCGCUGGGGAGGCUGUUCGGGGUCUGGAGACGGCUCUGCAGUGGCUGGAGAGCCAGGACCCCCGCGAGGUGGGGCCGCUGAAGCUGGUGCAGCUGCGCUCGCUGAUCAGCAUGGCCCGGAGGCUGGGGGGCAUCGGGCCUUCUCCGGCAGUCCCUGACGAUGGAGUGUGACCAAGCCAGCCCGAGUGGCCCCCUAGUGGCCUUUCUGUUGCUGCACUUGGAGGGAAGGGACAUAGUCUUCCCAUCUCCUGUCCUUUCCUCCCCAGUGGUGGCCCACCCCGUGGCUCAGGGUUGCAGGGAUCCUGGCCCAGUCUGCUUGGAGGGGCUAUGUUGGUGAAGGGUCAUGCUGCACCAUGACCCCUCAGUCUCCUGGGAGGAAAGCUGGAAGAGGGUCUCAUGCUCCUCCCUGGGCAAGCACACACGUGUGGUCUGUGGUCUUAGCCAGUGUCCCCUCCCAUGCUAGCCUAUCAAGUACAUGCCACUGCACUUCUCAGAGAGCAACUGGUUGUUCCGACCCUGGCCCCUGUGGGGCUGAAACCUCCAGCCCCAGGCCUGCCUGCGCCUCCUGCCCUCCCCACAGCGGCCCAUCCCUUGCACUGGACAAGGGCCCAGCCCUCCUGUCUGCAUGGAGCUCUGGUGCUUCCUGGUUCCUGGGCCACAGCUGUGCGAUCACACCAUUCUCCUGAAGUUCGAUUUUACAGGUAGUUUUCAGGGGGGCCAGGUUGGUGUCUCCGUCCUCAGCCUGCGGCUGGUCUCAGAGGAUGCCUCUGUGGGCUGGGAAGGAAGGUGGUACCCAGUAACCCUGAGGACCUUCCGGAUGUAGCGGGGAACUAGAUUUCUGUUCAGCUUGGGUUUUUGAUUUUCCUUAAGAAAUUUCCAUUCUUAACAGCUCUCUUAUUUAGUAGGGCUGGCGAGUGGCCAGACUUGGUCUUUGGUGACUUCACCAAUGACUGGACAAGCUCCUGCACCCCUCCACCACCAGCCCACUUUGUCCAGCCGGGGGGCCUGGAGCCAUCCCACCACCUGGGAGCAGGCCCACAGCACUGACAGCUGUGCCAGGACAAUCCCACUGUGCCUUAGUGCCCCCCCCAAGGCUUCCUUGUCUCUCCUGGCACUGCCAAGGGUGUGGCUGAGGCGCCCCUUCCCAUGGCCCAGGAGUCAGGCUUCAGGGUGGGGGGCACAGUUUGAAAGAGGGAGGAAAUGGCCCCUGUGUUACUGUCCAGCUUUUACAUGGUUCUGCUGCUUCAUCCAGCCCUAGAUUCAGAAUCUUACUGGUGGUCUGAGACCAAGAGAUGCCCGUUCCUCCCAGAGGCUUCCUUUGGAGAGAUGCUGCCCGGAGCCCUUGCGAGGGGCUCAGGGAUGGGUUUGAGGCACUGCUGGCCUCUACCCUGGUCCUCUCCUGUUCCGUGUGCUCCUGGCGGUCUGAACUACAGAGGUUGCACAUGGGUGUGUGGGGUGGGAGGGAGCGGCUGUGUGCCGCAGGGAGGCAGCCGGAGGGAGUCCCCAGAGCAAUCUCCGUGUAAGUCCAAGAACAGAAGUUGUUCCUUGGAACCGCACCUAGGCAAUAAAAUCUCAACUCUGAAAGCUGCGGGAAGGUGUGGAACAUGAGAUCUAGAGGAAGCUAGGCUUCGCUUGCCGGGGACAGGGGUCAGUCUGAGAUUCACUUCUGGCUGUAUUAAGCCUGCGUCCUUAGAGGAGCCUCAGGAAGACAGGUUGGCUGUUGGUCUCGGGGGCUUCAUGAAGUCUUGCAUGGCACACCAUUGGCCUCCAGCUGAAGGCAACCCAGAGCCUCAGAGCUGGGAGAUCCUGGUUGUGGCCAGCCCACUGGGCCUCUGCUCUGCCAGGCCUGCCUGCAGGGGUGUGUGGGGAGGCAGACCUCAGGGCCCAGCUGGGCAUCAAGCGAGGGUGCAUGUGGGGCUCAACAUAGCCCAGGGUGGCCUCUGGUAGUGGCCCCCUCUUGCCAAGGUACCCAUCUUGCCUUUCCAUCUCUCUUCCCCCGUGGGCCUGGGCAGUGUCAGGAGCAGGGCCUCUUGCCUGCCUCUUCUGGCUCACAGUCACUCUCCUCCCUGGCUCAAGUCCAUGAGAAAUCACAGGGAGGGUGGCCCCGGCGUCUGUCCCCAGGAGAAUGGCUGGAGUGGACCCUGGGUGGCUUCACCCAGCAGCCUGUGCCUCAGUGCUGUUCUCCGCGGGGCCCGUGGGCAUUUGAGGCACUUGGUUUGUCAUAUUAGUAGGAACAGGAGAGUGAAGUGGAUGUCACUGGGGAGGGGUGUCAGUUGAUGCUGCUGGAAUUUCUACAAUAGCCUUGUCUGCCUGCUGAGUGCCGGGUGCCAUGCCAGAAACAGGGUUUCUUGUUCUUCAGAAUCACACAUUCCCUGCAAGGGUAUGGGGACCCCUGCACCCUGAGAGGUGCUCAGGGACACAGUUGCCCACCUCUCCCUUUCCUGUUCACAGCCCUUUGACCAAAUACUCAAGGCAGUGAAGGCCACUGCUCUUCCAGAAAGUGACCCUGGGUCUGGGUCAUUGUUACAGCUCAGCGGUGGGCUUGGCAGUGGACCAGGGGAUGGGUGCAUGGGGAUAAGAUGACUGAGCCCACAGGCUUCUGCUAAAUGAGGCCAGGCUGCAACAGAGAGGGCCUGUUUGAGCAGACAGCCUUGCUUAAGGGGGCUGCCCGCUUGGCAAGUGACUCCCUAGAUGUCAUCAGCAUGGUGUGAGAGGAGGGGGCGCACCCUUGAGAACCUCCAGCCUGUUGGCCUGAGUGCAGGUCAGGAUUGCUGUGGGGAGCCUGGAGGGUGGGCAGUUUGGCUUCAGGCUAAGGGUGCCAGUGGGUGGGGCUGACUCCCCUGGCUCGUCCUUGAGAGGGCUCUGGGCUUUUGGGGUGCAUGCCCUGUUGAGGGAUCCUUUCACACCCAAACUUGGUGAUGGUAGAAAUUUACCUGGUCAGACAAGUCCGGUCUACUUUAUAAUAAAGGUUCAGUGUGUCAACUUCA